AUGUUAGCCUUCUUCUCCUCCCUAUUGUUCCUUCUCUUCUUUUGCAUCAUCUUCAAAAACCUCUCUUUUUCAUCUCUCUUCAACAGCACAAUGUUCUGGUUCUUCAUUUCCAAUGCCCUCAUCUUCAUCAUUGCUGCUGAUUAUGCCUAUUUCUCUCUCACCCAAUACAAAAGAUCCCAUCUUUAUGAACAUUACUCACCUCCCAACCCAAAGAUGACUCAUUUUCAACGUCAAACUUCUUCAUUUGUAGUAUUUGAUGAAAAGAGAGAAUACCCAGAUGGGAAUUUGCGAAAUUUUGUUCAAGAACGAUGCGAUUCUAUGCCGCUGUUGAAGACGACUCCGGUGAGAACUUACGAGCGGAGCAAGUCGGAGAAACCCAAAAGAAGUGUGUCAAAGGAGAGCAAGAAAAAGAUGGCGAAGAGAUUAGAAAGUGGCAUGUACGAAGAGAAGGAAUUAGAAGAAAAUGAGUAUUCAAAGAUGACAGAUGAAGAACUGAACAGAAGGGUGGAAGAGUUUAUUCAAAGAUUUAACACACAAAUGAGACUUGAAACUAAAUCAGCUGAAUUAAAGUCUCAUAAAAAGGGCCACUAG